GUCUUCUUUAAUAUUUAACUAUUACACCAAUUACAUACUUGAAUGUUUAUACAUAAAUAGAAAAUUGUAUUUAAAAAAGUGAAAAGUAGAGUGUUGCAUUUUAAUGUUGUCUUAAAAGUUUAAUGUUAAUGUGCAGAAAGAAAAAGAAAUUUUGAAUUGUAUUAAUUUUAACAGAAAUAUUGUGGUAGAUCUACCGAGAUGCCAGAUGUGAAUAUUUUUAAAAUCAUGCUAAAUGGAGGCAUCUGAUGGAUCGCCGCCACCAUCAUUGUGUAUGAUAAGAGCUGCGGAACUAUUUCCUAAACCACAAAUGGAGAAAGAAGAUCUACAACUAAAAGUCCCAUUUCAGGAACUUGCUGGCGAGUCUGUCAAGUAUUUGGGGCGUACCGAUGAUGGCGUAUUGGCCUUAUCGAAUUAUCGCAUAUUUUUACAAAAAUCAUCUACAAAUGUUGAAACGUCCAUACCACUGGGUCUCAUUGAAUCGGCACAAUGCAGAGAUUUGUUUCAUUUAAUAAUUUGCUGUAAAGACGCCAGCACUGUUAAGUGUUCAUUUGAAACGGCCGAACAGUGUACAGAAUGGCAAAGGCGCAUACAAUUAUCAGUGGGUGUUCCCGAAACACUUGAGUCUAUAUUUGCCUUUCCCUUCUGCUCGUGGGCAUGUGAUAGUUUAAACAAUGGUCAAACGGGACAAGCAGGUCAAACAAAUGGUGUUGCUGCUACAGCAGAGAAUGGACAAAAUCCAACGUCUUACUCGGUAACAGAUUAUGGAGAGAGAUUGCAGAAAAUGUCCUCACGCUAUGAAGAUGAUUUUAUGCGUGAAGUAGAGCGUUUGGGUUUUGAUCUAAACGGCUCGUGGCGUAUUUCACAAGCCAAUGAAGACUUUAAAUUAUGUCCCUCAUAUCCUCCGAAGCUUUUAGUACCCUGUUGCAUUUCCGAUGAGACCUUACAGAAUGUAGCAAAUUUUCGAGGUUCUCGACGUUUGCCGGCUGUUGUGUGGCGUCAUCGAAAAUCUGGCGCUGUUAUAGCCAGAUGUAGUCAACCUGAAGUUGGCUGGCUAGGUUGGCGCAAUACCAAAGAUGAACAAUUAUUAAAGGCAUUGGCGGAUGCUUGCGCCUUUGAUCGUGGCGAACAAAUGCGUCAAUUGACAAACACUUCACAGUCUGCACAAAGUGUUCAAAUGCCAUCGGCUGAUAGUUCACCUUCCAGUCCAGAUGGUAGUCAUGAAGAGGUGGCUCUCGACGAAGUGAGAAAAGUUUUAAUUGUUGAUGCCCGUAGCUAUACAUCUGCGGUUACAAAUCGUGCCCGUGGUGGUGGUUGCGAGUGUAUUGAAUAUUAUCCUUGUGCAGAAAUUGAAUUCAUGAAUCUAGGCAACAUUCAUGUUAUACGCAAAAGUUUUCAUGCUUUACGACAGUUAUGUGCCUCACCACCAGAUGUACCAAAUUGGUUGGGUCUAUUGGAGAAGACUAUGUGGCUACAGCAUCUCUCUGGCCUUUUGGCAGCUUCUAUGACAGUGUGUCAUGCGAUUGAGAAGAAAGGACGUCCAGUAUUAGUUCAUUGCUCGGAUGGCUGGGAUCGUACACCACAAAUAGUGGCCACUGCACAAUUGUGUUUGGAUCCCUAUUAUCGUACUGUAGAGGGAUUUCGUGUUUUAGUAGAACGUGAAUGGCUUAGUUAUGGCCACAAAUUUGCCGAUCGCUGCGGCCAUGGACCGGGAUCCGAUGAACUCAAUGAACGUUGUCCAGUAUUUUUACAAUGGCUGGACUUAGUUCAUCAAAUACAUAAACAAUUUCGCUGCAGUUUUGAGUUUAGCAUGGGUUACUUGAUUAAAUUGGCACAACAUUCACAUUCGGGUUUAUUUGGUAAUUUCCUAUGCAAUACUCUGAAAGAACGUUUGGAAAAUUCUGUUUUCGAAAGAACCUUUUCGGUAUGGUCAUUCUUAUCUGGUCCCAUGUAUCGUAAUCCAUUGUAUAAACCGAACAAAGAUAAAGUUUUAUGGCCGGCACAUAAUGUACGAGAUUUAUCUUUGUGGACUGAAGUUUAUUUGGGUAGUUUGGGUGGUAAUCAACAGAAUUGUAUUGAUUUUCCAGCGUAUAUAAAUGAAAGUUUAAUGGGUUCUAUAAGUUCCAUGUCUAAGACAAGAUCUUAUGGUGACUUAAUAACAGCUGGUUUUAUACAGAAUAGUAUUUCAAGACGUUCUAGUGAUCCAAAUAUGACUGUUGAUCCAAAUCUAACAAUCGGUUCAAAUUCUGAAAAUAAUUCUAUAGCCGAUUUACAAUCAGACGAACGUGAAGAAUCACCCGAUUUAUUAGCGAAUUUCAUACAUGAUACGACAAGAAAACUAGAAAAUCUCACAAACGAACUUAACAAUCAUGACAAUGAUGACUUUGCAUCAAUUGCAUCAAAACACAUAGAAAUCAAUCGAAAAGAACCGUCAGUUGAGCGCGAAACAACAGACAGUAGUAAUGCAACUGAGGAAUUGGAUACUAGCAACUAUAGAAAGGAACUAAAUGGCAUCUCCAAUACAUCAAUAGUAAGUGAAACAACAGACUGUGCUUAUGCAACUAAACUGCAACGGUUAACAACACCACAGCCACCAGCAGCACCUCCCACAACACUUCACAUACGGCAGACAACAUCAACAACAAGCAAAAAUUCAAAAGAGGAACCACACGACUUUCCUAAAUCCUUAGAAAAUGGUCAUAAUGGUAUAGAACAUAGUAGUAAUGGUAUAACUAUAGAAAAACAUUCAACGUUAAGUUUAAAUCUAAUGCAAAGUGUAGAACUUGAAGAGCCUUUAAGUAGUAAUCAAGUAACAUCCUGUAAUGGUGGUUCCACAUCUACAAAUGGUAAUACUGAUGCCACACAAAGUAUGUGGCAUGGUUCAGUUAAUACCAGCACUGAUACUCUGGUGCCUUUGGUAGAAACCAAAUCACAAAAUGGCAGUGCUACUAUUACACCCCUGACUGCAAAUGAAUCAAUCAGUACUGACUGCACAGAUGCUGGCGAAUGUUUACAGAAACACUCCGAUACCACAGCUGCCUCUAAUUCUUCUUUAGUGAAUACUCAAAAACAUCAAACAGCUGAACAAUUCAUUUCAGAUAAAUGUAAAAUCGCUAGUGUUAGCACAAAUUAUAAUAUUUUGCCAAAAAUACAUACGACAACGCCCAGUAGCAGUAACAUAACUACAGUGAAACCAAAUCAAUUGUCCACCAAUGGUAGCAGUCUUAGUACAGCGCCAUCCGCAACAUCCCUUACAACAACGUCAACAACAGCAUUUGCUGAAACAAGCAAUAAUUCAAUUCAAAAUAAUCUCACAAACAGCAAUAAUGACAAUAAAAUAGCAUCAUUCUUGACAUUGACCAGCGGCAGCGAUGAUACUGUGACAACAGCUACUAACACAACCGUUGGCUUGGAGGAGAGCAUACUCAUAUUACCUGAACAUCAAAAAUUAGAAAUUUCAUUUAGUGGUAAGUGCGAAAUGAUUACCGCUAAUGUAACUACCUCGUCAGGUUCAAAUAUGACUCCAAAUCAUUCAUUAUAUUCAACAACAACUACAGCGUCAACAGCUGCAUUGGAUACACCAACAACCCUAAAUGUGUCACCAUUUGUAUCUGCUACCACCAGCACCACUACCACAACAUCUUCAGCCGCUGCCACUACAGCCAUGUCUAGCCAAAGAAGGAGACGUACAUCUUCGUCGAAUUCAAAACGUGAUGCUUUUGGUGCCACUGCAAAACAAAUAAACAGCAGUUAUCUGUCUCGUUUUUCAUUGCCUGGCGGUGUACGUUCGUUACCCAUGACACCACCGGGUUUGACUGAACGACCACAAGUUACUAUUUCCUGCCCUGAUGGUCUCGCUCAUGCUUUAAGCGAAGAAAACAUAAGACUUCAACAAAUUGUGCAUGAACAUAAGUUACGUGAAGAUGUAUUACUGCGUGAAAUUCAUGACAUGCGAAUGGCUCUCUUAAAGAAAAUAUGCCCUAAUUGUAAUAAUGCCAAUGCAAACGCAACUAACGAUGAACAGACAAAUCAACAUGACUAUUCAACAACAUGUUGCCAUCAACACAGUAGACAAAGAUUUCAUCAUCAUUCAAAUCAUAUGUAUCGUUAUUGUUGUCAAUAUCAUAGAAAACGACGUCAGCGAUAUUGCAGUCAACGAUCAUAUGAUCAUGUUAACGAUAAUGACAACGACGAUGACGACCUUAAUAAUGAUGGUUAUGAUGAUUAUGCCGAUAGUGAUGAUAAUAGUUCAGUAUCUGCGGUUAGUUGUCAUUGUUCUGCACUGGAUAAUGUUGAAAAUGCUUCAAUUUGCUCUUGGGAAGCUGUUGAAGAUCGCAGUACUAGCGGUCCCUCGUCCUGCACUACUACCAGUUCCUCCGUACAACCAAAUGCUACAAGCGUUUUAUGGGUGCCCGAUCAUGCCGUUUCACGUUGCACCAGUUGUCAAACUGAAUUUUGGCUCGGCCGUAGAAAACAUCAUUGCCGAUCAUGUGGUCAAAUAUUUUGUGCUGAUUGCUCAGAAUUCUGGGCACCAUUGCCAGAUAUCAAACUAUUUAGUCCAGCGAGAUUAUGUGGACCAUGUUAUCAUUCGGUAACGACACGUAUGCAGCAAGUAAAUAAUCAGUUACAAAACAGUACGCUAAUGCACUUGCAACAGAGUGCCACAAAACCAGCAGCAACAUCAAAAGCCUGAAAUGAUAGAAUGACAACGACAACAGUACCAGCAGCAGCAAAAACGGAAAAGAUAUAGCAGCAGCAGCAACAGCAUCGUCAUCAUUAUUGUUAUGCCAAUAAAAUACAAACACAACUAUUACCAUUACUGCAUAAUUACAUAAAUAAUUAUUACUAUUAUUAUUAUUUUGGAUUUAUGCAAAUUAUGUAUGUAUUUAUAAUAUGUUAAUUAAUUAAUUAAUUGUUUUUAAAAUGAAAAUACAUUUAAUGUAAAGAAAGAAAAAAAUCAUUAAUUAACAACUAAAAAGUUAACAACUGACUGACAAACAUACAAAAAAAAAAAACAAACACCCUAACCGACCCAAAAAACCCUCUCUCUAUAUUAUUAUGGACUAGAUUUCCAGUAGAAACAACAAGUGCAAGUUAAGCUACAUAAAACGAGCAAACUUUACUUGAUACAAACGUUAUCGGUGAUUACAGAUUAUAUAAAAGAAUAUUAAGGAGCAAGAGAAAGAGCAAUUACAACUGAGCCACAAGCCUUAAAAAAGUCACAUUUUAGCUUAAUUAUUUUUCGUUUUACUAGUUGGAAAUGGAAAUUUUUAUUUUGUUUUUUUUUUCUAAAUUAUUUUUUAUUUUAAUUUUAUUAAUUUUUAAGCA